GUACCAAGUGAAAUCAUAGCUAGAGGACCAGGGGCAAAACGUGCUUAUGAAAAUGCUUUGAAAAAUGGAAAGGUAAAGGUGUAUCGUGGUCGAAUCAUGUUCAUCGGCCAAGAUCGAGCGGGAAAGACAAGUUUGAAAAAACAUCUUCUUAGCCUGCCAUUUGACCCUGAUGAACAGAGUACAGACGGGGUGGAAGUUGACCCAUCUGCAUUUGAAUUUGACGUCGACCACGCCACGAAUUGGAAGAUCACCAAUGAAAACCUCAGUGUUUCUCAUUUUGCCAACGAGCUUGCAAAAAUAGUGGCAGGAAAACUUCAGGAACAGAAAACUAACAUGAACCGGGAAGGUCAAGAUGAAAAGAAUAUUAAGGUUAGCAAAAUGUCCUGAAAUCAUCUCGAAAGAACUAGUUUCACUUUUUGACGUAAUUUGCCGUCCUCCGUACUGGGUUGAAGAAACCUGACCUAAUUAAAACCUCACACUUAAGGAUACUCACGUAAAUUGCUCUUCGCCGAUUUUGUCGUUAAUCUGGCCAGUUUCUCCGAAAUAAAGAAUACCAAUACAAUGUUGGCAAACGCCAGUUGUUAAAAAAUCAGAUCAGUGUUCAUCAUAUUUAAUUAUGAAGAGCGAUACAGUUGGGCUCCAGAAAGUAGUAUAGGGCGCAGAUUUAAGGCAGUUUUCUACCUUUUUUUAAGUGGAAUCUGUGCUCAUUGGAGAGAAGUAUAAUUAUACAUUAAGGUGGCUGAACACAGUUUUGGCAGUUUGUGAGUAUAUGUAAUUUUUCAAGUCAUGGCAAGCGAAAGGUUGCAGCUCACAAGCUGAAACUUGGUAAGUGAAAAAUAUACUGAUGAAAGCUUUUGACGACAGGUAAAAUGUGACGUUUUCGUUGUUUCCAUGACAACAUGAACGAUUGAAUACAGCCUUAAAAUUUCACUUUUGGUCAGUUUACAUAAAAUUCGCUCAUUAGAUUUUCCUAUAAACUUGCGUACAGCUUACUUUAAUUAAUCAUUACCAUUUGAAACUUAUUUGACCCAAUUUUAAAAGACCGGUUUUCAGAUAAUCAAUAACUAAUAAUUGUAUUGCAAUUAUUAAAUGUAUCACAAAAUUCGUCUGUUCAACUUUCAUUUUAAAGCUCUCAUUAUUUAGAAUACGAUAAAAGUCAAAAUUCUGCCAAAUAUCACAAAAUUUUGAUGAAUAGAUUUUGAGAAAUGGUGUUCUGUGUACCAUUGCUUUUUUCGCCGCCAUGUUUGUUUGUCUAAUUUAAAACACGCGUUUUCACGCGAGUUACCGCUGACUGCCCGCAAAACUGUGUUCAGCCACCUUAACGCCAAUGAGGUCAUCGCCUUUUGUCCUUAUCUCAUGACUAAAAAUGAGGACGUAGAAAAAACUCAUUAUGAUAACGUCGCGUUCGUUUUUAGGUUGUUUAACCGAUUUCACUGGUUUCAGGUUUUUAGUUAUUUUUCCAUUUCUAACGAAGGAAUACUCGCUAAACUUUCAUUAACGUACAAUCACUAAAAGGUAAUUAACGUAACUGCCGGUUCCGCUUCACUGAAUUGUGGCGCGCAAUUCGUGCACAUUAAUGUGGGUUAUAGGAAAGCGGCUCCUCUUCAACAACUAACAAGAUAGUUUUUGACAAAAUGUUUUACUUACCCUUUUCCUCUUUUUAUUGAUUCUUUCUUUAUAUGUUUAGAAUUUUUUCCGACAAACGGAAAAGAAGGACACAGAAGAAGCUGGAUUUCAUUCUCAUAUAGCUAGCAAUUUGGACACCGCGCUUGAAGAACUUACGAGCUGCAGCAUGAUCGACGGGGAGAUGGAAGAAGCUCCCCCUCCAGAAGACGUACCAGAAAUAGUGACUGCAGAACCUACAAUUUCCAUACCCGAGUUGAAGAUUGAUCCAGCCCAUCCUCCAGAAGACUUCACAGAAAUACUUGUUCAGCAUUUAAGGGGAUUAAAUCUGGAAAAAGAUGCGGAACAAGCUGAACAACACACGACGCUAGAUCUAUGGGACUUUGCAGGACAACAUCUUUAUUACGCUUCAUAUCCUGUGUUUUUGACGAAAAGAGCAAUUUAUCUGUUGGUCUACAACUUGAACAAGCCACUUGAAGAGGAGGCACUACCCUCUUUUAAACGCGAAAAUUGCGAAGUUCGUCUAAGGAAUCCAAAUUCCGAGACAAAUUUAGACAACCUCAUGUCAUGGCUUGCUUCAGUAAGUACUAUGUGUUCACAACAAAGGGAAGCUGGUAAAGAGGAAGAGAGGGAGCUCGAAUACCUGCGUCCUCCAGUAUUCAUUGUAGGAACACAUGCUGAUGACCCAUAUAAAAGUAAUAUCAAGGAUAUUGAAUCACAGAUCCAGAAAGCGAUUUCAGGAAAAAGCUUUGCAAACCACGUGAUUCGUCCUUUCUUCGCAAUUUCUAACAAGGCAGGUUCAGACGAAAAGCAACUCGUCGCUCUUCAGGACAAGAUCAUCGAGGUGAUAAAGCAGGAGCCAUACAUGGGAGAGGAGUUGCCACUUCGGUAAGUUUUGUCAUAAAAAAUUACUCUAAAGCAGUUUCAUCCUGUGUAUAUAUCAUAUUUCUACGCUGUGGAUUUUUUUGCGAUGAUCUUGAAAGUAACAACCAAUUGCAAAACUACUGGAGCACUUCGACGAAAACCGGCCUUUUUACAUCAAAUAGCUGCUAGGUUCACAUCUCCGAGAAAUAACACUUAGCCCUUCUCUCCCCUCCAUUCAAAGUAUUUCCUCCAAGUUUUCAGCAUUUUACAAGAGGAUCACAAGCACAAGAUCAUGCUCAGGCCAGACAAGGUAGUGUGUGAAGUAUUUUUGCAAAUGGUUGUAGCUUCUUCAAAACACCAUUCCAGGUGCAGCUUUAUGUUCAAUCUUGAUUUGCUAGGAUGUUACUAAGACGAGGAACGAAGAAUUAGUAACGAGCACGGAGAAAGGGAAAAUUAAACCAAAAUUGCAACAAAGCAGAGAAUGGGUAAUCAAUUUACUGAUACUGCUAGGGUGGACGUUAAGUUUUGUUACCAUUUUUCAAGUCCAUUUACCCGUGCUCGUUCCGCUGUCCCCGUUGCUUGUUUUAGUUACAUCCGAUUUAAAAGCCUUUCUAUACAUAUGCGCCUUUUACCUUAACUCAAGCUUUCAUUCAGAAUGCCGUUCAAUUUAACGCUAAACCUAACCUACGGACAUGUUAAAAUGACGAUAUUGAGACUCAAGAAUAACCUCAGCGAAGAUAUUUCUGACGCUCCCACAUUCCUUCAGCCAUUUGGAUGCUUUUUUCGUUCAUAACUUCGUUUUUCCUGCAGGUGGUUCAAUUUUGAGAAGGUCAUUAAAAGCUUGGUUGCAGCGAACAUUCAGUACUUGGGCCUAAAGGAUCUACGAACCAUUGUUCGGAAAGUCUGCUUCAUCGAAGACGAGAAGGAGAUGGACACCAUGCUUGAUUUUUAUCAUGACCUUGGCAUCAUUGUUAAACACCGAAACACAGCUAUACUGCAGUCCCAAUGGCUAAUUGAUAUUUUCAGGAAACUUAUAACCAUCCGUCAUUUCAACGAUAUGGUAAUUUAAAAGUAAAACUUCUGGGAUAAAGGGGGUAAUUUCCUUAGGGUUUAUUAGUAUGAAUAUUGUUGGGGGUUACAUAAAAAUCUAUGCAACAUCGCAGAAAUUCACCAACACACAGCUUAUCUCCAUAGGCGCACGGGCUAAGGGGGAAGGGGAAGGAGGCGAGAUUCCUCACAAAACGCUCCAUUAUUCGGGAAAACAGCACUUAGGAUAAGACUUAAAAACAAAAUGGAAGUCAAAACACAGAGUUUUAGUGUAUACACACUCAGUGAUCUUGGUGAUUUAAGCAAUCUGAUUGGUUUGCUAACUCGAACUAUUCAACAAUAUUCACCUCCUAGCGAGUGGAUAAUGUGUGAACUCGGUUUUUUUCUUAAUUUUUAAAGAACGAUCUUUUAAAAGAACGACACAACAAACCUUUUCGGCCAUAAACUUGGCGAGUCAACAGAAAAGCACAAAGCUUUACUUCUCUUCCCAGGUAAGAAAACAAUUCAAACUUUGAACGGUUCCAUUUAAGCCAUUACGCUGUUGUUUGCGAAGUGAUAAGCUUGUAUGUGAAUUACCAUGUUUGAAAAUUCUAUAAACUUUCGCGUGAUUUGAUCUGUCAAUCAAAUCAUACCCUUCUUUUUAAUGGUUUCCUCUCUAAUUUUGUUGAGAUCACUUCGUGUGUAUAUACUAAUUAACAAUUAUUCUUUUCAAUCUCGGUGAAUAGUGGCUUUAGGAAUAUUUACCUCAAUUUCAAAGGAUAAUUGUUAAUGUAACCACGACAGUCGUUUCUAAACGUCAGUCUAAAUGCGCAUAUGUCAAAUCUGGAUGCGUGGUGUCGAUACCUGUUAUUCACUCUUCAUCCCAGUAUCUUCAUUGAUUUCUGUCAGUGACGUCCAUUGUGAGCUGAGAAUCUCAGAUCUCUAGAUACAUUUCAGUUUAAAGCGAUCAGUUCGAUACUGAAAACUUAUCUUCGUAGCACGAUGUGACAGAAUAGAUUGUGCUCGCUAACGUUCAUAUUGAGCACUCCUAUCUGAAACGGACAACGCCACGGGAGGAGUGAAUUUUCAAAGUAUGAUUCUGAUUUUACCAGAUCAAAUAGACUAUGCAACGUUUCAAAAUAACUUUUUAAAGUUAGUUUGAUAUUAUUAUUGUUUCAUUAAGCGUGAGAAUUUUAAACGUUUUUGUUUAUCAUACGAUCUAAGUACUUUUGUAUCCCGUUUACACCACCAAGACGUUGGGGAAUUGUGUAAUUUCUUCGGGCAAGGUCGCCGACGCCGCUGCCCCCGAGCCAAAGUUCGAAGGUGCCCGUACGUCUAUGAGUUUACUUGAGACUCUUCAAAAAACAAUAGUUCAAACGACAGAUGAAAAGAAGUUGUUUGAAUAGGCACGCGAUCGUGUGUGGAAGUGUUUUAAAUGUAAGAACAUCAGAUCUGCAUUUUUAUUUUUUUCUGGUGGUAACAUAUUCAUUCCAUUUUUGCAGAAAUCCAAACAUUCCCUUCUGUGGAAAAAAAUGGAGGUAACCGGUGUUCUCUCCAUGGAACUCGUCGAUCACGUGUUUUCCAAAUUUUGUCAGCAAGGCUUUGCGAAAGAAAACAUCUUACACUUAAUGGAACAGUUUGGUUUGAUUGCCAAGUGUGCAUUUCCUAUAAAUGAUGUGAAGUACUUUGUUCCAGCUCAACUACGUUCACAACCGGGACGACUUUGCCAUUUAAAACCAGCCCUGACAGACCCAUGCCCGUUAUAUCUUCAGUUUCCAUCUGGAUUUGUUCCACACGGGCUUUUUACGCAACUUGUAUCUCGUUGUACCAGAUGGUGUUCCAAAAUUAAAUUCAAAGAGUCACCCAGCCUCUUUGAUGGGGUAGCCAGGUUUACACUGGUAUCAAAGGAUUUUGCUCACCAGCUAAUCUGUAUUCGCCAGAAACGCUUUAUUAAGUUUGUUUUACGUCAUUUUAAAACGCGACAGUGUCAAGAAGCUCCAGUGAUAGAAAUUGAAGAAAUGGCUUCACUCGUGUGGAGAUUUCUGAAACAGACAAUGACUUCUUUGAUGGAUGAGUGGCCCUACUUGACCAGUUUGGAAUAUCAUUGGUGCGUCGAAUGUACCGACUGUUCAGAGGGGAACGUCAUAUGUGAUAGCCAUGGUAAAGUGGCAUGCAAGCACGAUGAUUGUUUGUGCCUUCUCAAAAUUCUGCAAGACGGGCAAAUGGAUAACUGCGCAAAGAACUUUGACAAUAAACCUACGAAUGUUCCAGGACUGGAAAAAUGGUUUCCCAUCAAAGGUGAGGAAAACCUGUCUGUAACUACAAGACAUUUGCACGUUCACAUGGCUUUCAUUGCACCAAAUUCCUCGGAUAUCCUUCGUUUAGGACGUCUUAGCAAAAAGGACCGAAAUGUGUAAUAAAAUUUACUAAUGAUAUUCGCCAUUGGUGCGUCAGUGAAUAACUCCCUAAUAAAUGGUUUUAGUACAAUUUUAAAAUAAUUUAUUGCACUUAAAAGUACAAUUUUAGGAUUCAAAGGAAGGAGCUAACUAUAAGCAACCUUUAGAUUAUCACACUAGUAAAUCGUGCUCCCGUUUUUGUCAUGAUAGAUGACAGGCAAAAAAUCCUCGUGGGAUCUCGCGGGCUUUCAGCAAUAAACAAAUCGAAUUUGUCGAAUUUGGAUGUGGGUCUGUGGUACAAGGAACAAAGUUACUCGGUUCUUGAUCAACUGCUUGCUUGCGUGCUUGCAUGCGCGUGAUCCAUGAGAGACAGCAGGAAAAAAAACAAACUCACGGAAACUCUAGCACUCUGUCUUAAUAUCACAGUGGCAGUUAUUAAAAAAACGUGACUUAAAACUGCUUGUGUUCCUGAUGAGACGUUUCAUACCAAACGCUAAAAUGAAAUCGCCAAAGCGUAACGCGGAUUUGAUGUGGCAUUAAGCGGUACGUACCAGAGUGUAGUUUUUAAUUAAUUCUUUUGAGGGACGCUGGCCGAGUCUCGAUGUAGCGCAGACUUAUCUCCCAACAUUAGCUCGAUUUGUUGCCUGCUUACAAAGCAGGGGGAAGAGACAGUGUAAAGCAAAAAGUACAACGUUAUGGCAAUGCCAGAGCAUGAAUCCACGUCCAAAAGUAAAGUCUACUACCAGGUCAAGCGUGCCCUACUUAAUUUCCUUUUCAAAGCGUUAAUUUUUUAUGAACUUUCUUCUUUAUGCAGCUGUUCGCCCAGGUCAUCACCCUGGAACAGACGUUGUUUAUAAAAUGACUGCUCUUCCGAGAGGGAUUACGUUGAUCAUUAAUAACAAGUUGUUUGCUGAAAAUCAUGUACAUGGCACACAAUCAACUCGCCACGGCUCAGAAGAAGAUGUCCGUCAAGUUAAAGAAUUGUUCGCUGCUCUGGGGUUUGACGUACAUAUUAGACAGAAUCGCACUAAAAAGGAGAUGUUGGAUGAGGUCGACUUUUUCGCUUACAAACGGGUACUUCCUGACCACGAUUGUUUUGUGCUCUGGCUCAUGAGUCAUGGAAGAAGUGGUGAAGUGUUUGGCUCUGAUGGUUUUCCGUUGCCAAUCCAGACAAUAAAAGACAUGCUAUCCAACGCCAGCUGUGAAGCACUGAGGGGAAAACCGAAGCUCCUUUUUGUCCAAGCCUGUAGAGGGGAUCAAGAAGACGAAGGGGUUUUGACUAAUACGUGUCGUUCGCCCGCCGUUCAAAGGCCUUCUGUCUAUGUUGAUUCGCCAAGUGAUGAAACGAAAAGCCGCUCUUCGGAGAGGAUUGCUGGGCAAACAGAUUUCCUGGCUUAUUAUGCAACAGUUGAGGGAUACGUGUCAUACAUAAACUCUGUCAAGGGAAGCUAUUUUGUUCGUGCACUUGUGAAAGUUUUCCGAGAGCAUGCUGCUCACUUCGAUCUUGAAAGACUACUUCCAAAAGUAACCAAAAGUGUCAGUGACAUGGAUCCAAGAGGACCUGAUCGCGAAUAUAAACAAGCGCCUCAAUCUGAAAGCACACUUGUGAAAGAACUCUGGUUUUAG